AUGGCGACAUUGCUACCAUAUCAAAUUUUGGGAUGCUGUAAUGGGCUGUUCUGCGUUCUCAAGAAGUCAAGAAAACGUGCAGAAAUUUUUCAAGAAAUUUACUUGUGGAACCCAUCGACUCGGACCUCCAAGAAACUGCCAGAAAUUUCCAGUCCCGGCUAUGUUCGUAAUUACGGGUUCGGUUGGGUUGAAUCGAGUGAUGAGUACAAGGUGUUUGUGCUUUUGUUUCAUUGUGAUUAUUACCGAGGGAUUGAUAACUGGGUUGGUAAAGUUUAUAGUUCAAAGACAAAAUCAUGGAAAACAAUUGAGCUAUCCGGUUAUUUACGUGUAAGUUGGGCAAGAGGGGUGUUUGCAGGUGGGAAGCUUUACUGGAAGAAUUACGGAGAUAAAGAAGGUAUUACUUUCUGGGACUUGAAGAGUGAGGUGUUUGGAAGGAUUGAGCUUCCCUUUGAUCAAGAGGUGUAUGGCAUUGUGGGUGUGCUUGGUGGUUUCCUUUGUGUGCUAUGUUUUAAUGAUCAAAUUACAGGCAUUCGAGGCGUUCCAGUUUGGGUUAUGAAGGAGUCUUGGGAGAAAGUGGUUACACUUUCUCAUCUUCUUGAGCUUCUUCAACCACCAUUGGUGAAAGGUCUAAAUGGAGACAUUUUGGUAAAUUGUGGAUCCACUGUGGUGGUCUACGAUUGCCGGGAUAAUGUGUUCUGCAACCUUGAGUAUCGUUCCUUUUCUUUGUCAUGUCAUGUCUGUGUUGAAAGUUUAGUCUCGCCAAAGGAUUUAUGA